AAGAAGCGCUCAGAAGCAGCGCUGCCGACGUCCACACACACAACGCAAAGUCGCGCUUUCAAAUCCACAUCAUAUCACAAACUAGCCACGAGGGAAACACUGCGCAGCCAUGGGCGUGGAGACGACGAAGGGCAGGAGGAGCCGAGGUGUUCGCUCCCGCAUUCUCCUGACUGCAAUCUCGUGGCCUUUCUUGCACCGGUACAUCUCUUCACCAUCCCUCACGGGCGGAUUUCACCGACCAGGCUGGAAGGAUUCUCGCGGGCCACAGGUGACACGGCGUGGCGGAGUUGCUUCGCGCGCCAGCCCGCAGCAGGACUGGCUCGCCAAGAGCCGCAAGGAGGUGGAGGCUUUUGGCAAGGACAAGGUGUCAAAAUGGGCCGAAGCGGUGCUGAAAGAGGGCAAGGUGAGAGAUGAGCUGAUCCAGCAGACGGUGACCACACUGCAGCAGCAAGGAGUCACCGGCCGGUCCCUGCUGGAGCUGACACCGGAGGAGCUGAUGACAUGUAGCGUCCGUCUUGGACCAGCGAAGCUGCUGGCCGAGAAGAUCCGGCUGUUGCAGGAGGUUGAGCUCCCUCGUUUUAGCGCCCCCUACUUCAAUCAGCCAGAAGUGGCUUUGGCGUUGGUUCUUUGCUCGGCGGUUCGAUGGCCUGCAGAAGGCCACCAGCUUGUGCCCGGAACCUCACUGAGGUGGUCAGACAUCUUCAGGGCCGGAGCAGCAUUUCCAAACAACAAGUCCGUACUGGUUCCACGGCUGUGGUGGUGUGAGGAUACCAAUAUCAAAGAAGCUAUCCGAAACGAUUUGAAAGAGCUGAACAUUGACCUGGAGGGGCUCCUGCCAGAUUCCUUGCAGUUGGCCACUGAAAGGGGGGAGAAGUGGGAAGAGCUGGUUGCAAAUUCCCUGGCAGCGCGGUUCCGCCUUCACUGUAUAGCAAGAAACCUGAGUGCUGAAGUCACCUGGGUCCCUUUUUUGGAGAUCUACCCUACGGAGGAUCCACAUUUGCGAGCUGUUUUGGAGCCGUUCGAAGUUUGCUGGAGUGAUGGUGUGGAAUAUCCAAGCGGCCAAGGCAAUGAAGCAACUGUCAUGAGUGACGUUGGGAAGGCAAUCAAGUCCAACCGAAAUUUUGCAACGGCUCACCACGACCUUUUGAUUCCUGUGAGAUGCAAGGCAACUGGUAAGCUCGAGUUCAUUGCUGCGCAAUGUUGUUAUGGAGAGAAAAAGGAUGCAGGCGGCCUGAAGUUGCAGGACAAGGCGAAGAAGGGCAACUUUGAGGACAUGCAAAAUGUGUUGCUGCAGAUUUGCAGUGAGUCUGAAGGCUGGCAGUCCUUUACAAACAAGACAUGGGCCAGACGUCAGGAGGAGAAGAAAUACUCUCUCAUGAGUUGCGAGACUAUCAUUGCGCAGCUGGACGUGCUGAAGCUUUUGUGAGUGUCCAAAAAUCGCGCUAGCAGGUGGGAGCAGG